CCAGGCGGGACUGUCUACCAGUAGCUCUACAAACCAUGCUGCCAGAAUCAGAGGUGACAGACAUGCUCCAUGAUGCAUUCAUUCGUAUCGAUCGCGAGGUUCAGCAGAGCUGGCUUCCGGUUCGUACAACUUUGCAACACUUUUACAGCCAACUUCGCGAUGCCACGGGUGAACUAGUUUCUCAAGUAGCGCAGCUUCAAGAGGCAAAUGCUGCGCUCGCCAGGAACAAUGAGAGUUUGCUUAGGGAGAUAGAAACGCUCCAUCUCACGAUCGACCCGGACUAUCUUGCACAGGCUUCCGAGACUCAAUCGUCGCCUACAUCAACUGUGGGGUUGGAGAGGGUGGGACCUACCCUGCGUCCUCGAAACGGACGAAACCGCCCCCGCCAAGUUUUACCAAAAAUUCCGGAAGUCGGGCCGGGAGAGCCUGUAAAAGCUACCGAAAGCCUUGAGCAGAGUAAUGUUAGUCUUAGAAGACCAUGAAGCAUGGGACUUGACGACCCCCUGCCCAUCGAGAAACCCGUGCGACGGGAUGCGAAAAUAGUUCUUGGUACAUUGGAAUAAACUCAACAAUGCCUGAAAACUUAAGAGAUUCUCGGAAUAGAGUCUCUAGAAUCUGAA